AUGGCUAAGGGCAAGGGUAAGCAGAAUAAGCAGACUACUGGGGCUAACUCGGUCGCCGUCAAAAACAGAGCUACCGAGAAUGCCUCCAAACCUUCAGCAGACACUCUUCCUCCAAUGGAGGAGAGUGCUUUUGCGGGCCUCCGCCAAAAGAUCGAGCAGAGGUUGAAAGACGGCGCUGCGAAACAGAAGCCGAAGAACAAUAAAUCGAAGCCGGCCCCGACUGGAGAUGCGAAGAACGCUAAGGAUAACUCUACGAAAUCCAAUUCGAACCAAUCCAAUUCCGAUAAGAAUGUCAAGGGCAAGAAACGGGAUCGCAACGGCGAGGUGAUUGCUCAGGAUGAACAGGAGGACGGGCAAUCGCAAAAAUCCAAGUCGGAUAAAGCGGACGGCGACGAUACUCUUCGACAGGAAAUAUUGGCUCUUGGUGGGACUGAGGAAGAUCUUGAAAUGCUUGCGGGGGUUGAUUCUGAGUCAGAAGUGGAGGACGCGAAGACCUCAAAGAAGUCGCAGGGAUCCUCUGAGGAUUUGUUGAGAAAGGAGCUGUCUAGUAUGCUCGCCGCUGCUGGCCAGGUCGUUCCCGAAGAUCUUGCGGAUGACGAUGUGGAGGAAGAGGAGGGCGAUGAGGAAGAAGACGAUGAGGAGGAGGAACUCGAGGAAGACGCGGAGGAGGAGGCUGAGUCUGCUGAUGAAGAGGCUAGCGCAGAAGAUUCAUUAUCUGAGGAAGCUCCUACUCCGGAAGUUAAGCAGCCAACGAAGAAGGAGACCAAAGAAACCGUGCCGGAAACCAUCUUCCCCAAAGAGUUCUCGAAGCUUACCGUCCAACCUAGAUCCGAUUGGUACAACACGGAUCUCUCUCCUAUCUCAGCGAAGAAAGCCACUGGCCUUCCUCGGCAUCUAGUCGAGCGCGUCCAUACUUAUGCCGUUUCGCUCCUUGAAAAGGAAAACAAGAUGUACGGAGAGGCUCAGCAGGCCUCGGCAUCUUCCUCAUACAAAUUCUACAGCACCAUCAUGUCAACCGGUACGCUCAGUGAUAAAAUUUCGGCCUUGACGCUGGCCGUUCAAGAGUCGCCAUUGCACAACACCAAGUCUCUAGAGAACCUCGUCUCUCUCGGAAAGAAACGUAGCCGUGCCCAGGCUGUUGAUGUUCUUCGGUCAUUGAAGGAUAUGUUCGCGCAAGGUACCUUACUUCCAAAUGAUCGCCGGUUACGUGCGUUCUCGAACCAGCCACUUCUUGUUGCCGCCUUCCAAAACAGCAAAUGGUCCGAAGGAGAUGCACUUCCCCACGGUCUCCAAGAAAGUCAUCUGAUUGUAUGGGCGUACGAGCACUCCCUCAAAGAUCAGUUUUUCGAAGUGCUGAAAAUCCUGGAAGUGUGGUGCAAUGAUGAGAUUGAAUUCUCACGUUCCAGAGCCGUCAGCUAUGUCUUUGAGCUUCUCAAGGAGAAGCCAGAACAAGAGGCCAACUUGCUACGGCUGCUUGUCAACAAGCUCGGCGACACAUCUAAGAAAAUCGCCUCACGAUCAUCAUACCUACUUCUACAACUGGAACAAUCACACCCAUUGAUGAAGCCCAUGAUCAUCAAGUCAGUUGAGGAAGUCCUUUUCCGAUCUGGCCAAAGCCAGCACGCCAAGUACUACUCUAUCAUCACCCUGAACCAGACUGUGCUCAGUGGCAAGGAAGAAGAAGUCGGAGUCCAGUUGCUCGAUAUCUACUUCUCUCUUUUCGUCGUUUUGCUGAAGCCUUCCAAGCAUCACAAGUUCAACAAAAACGACAAGAAGCACGGUAAAGGCAAUAAAAAGCAAGGUGCGAAGGACAAGGACAACUCCGAAGUACAGAAUGAGGAAAUGCAGGAUAAGCUGGUCUCUGCGGUGUUGACGGGUGUUAAUCGAGCUUAUCCGUUCACGAGCUCAAAUACAGAGAGGCUAUCGAAGCAUAUCGAAACCCUCUUCCGGAUCACUCACUCGUCAAAUUUCAACACUAGCAUACAAGCCCUAAUGCUGAUUCAGCAAUUGACGUCGACUCAUCAAGUAUCUAGCGAUCGCUUUUACCGAACCCUCUACGAGUCUCUGCUUGACCCCCGGGUUGCUACGUCUUCGAAGCAGUCUCUGUAUCUUAACCUGUUAUUCAAGGCUCUCAAGAACGACGUCAACGUCCGGCGGAUCAAGGCGUUCGUGAAGCGCAUUGUCCAGGUUCUUGGGCUACACCAACCGGCCUUCAUCUGCGGAGUCUUCUAUCUAAUCCGCGAACUAGAGAAGACUUUCGUAAGUCUGCAGUCUCUCUACGACCAGCCGGAAGACAACGACAGUGAUGAAGAAGAGGUGUUCAGAGACGUCCCUGAUGAGGACGAUGAGAACCAACAACAACCGGAAGCACCAGAGGAAAAGCCGAAGCCACUCAACGGCUACGACCCCCGUAAAAGAGAUCCAGAGCACAGCAAUGCCGACAAGGCAUGUCUCUGGGAAAUGCUUCCUUACCUAAACCACUUCCACCCAUCCGUAUCAGUCAAUGCGACCCAUCUACUAGGAAACCAACCGAUGAGCGGAAAGCCCGAUAUGACGAUACACACAUUGACACACUUCCUGGACCGAUUUGUCUACAGAACGCCCAAGGCGGCCGUGGCUACGCGUGGCUCUUCAAUCAUGCAGCCACUUGCUGGCAGCGAAGCUAAGGACAGACUGGUAUAUUCCAACAAACACGGUCAAGAGCUACCACUCAACUCCGAGGCAUUCUGGAGGAAGAAGACCGAGGAUGUUUCGGCAGAAGACGCCUUCUUCCACGAGUACUUUAGCCGUGUCGGUAAGGACAAGGAGAGGGCGCAGAAGAAGAAAACCAAGGACCCUGUCGACCGGGACGAAGAGGGCGAUGUGGACGACGAGGACCUCAGCGAGCCGGAGUCCGAGAUCUGGAAGGCGUUGGUUGAUUCACGACCAGAGCUGGACGGUGCGGAAGACAGUGAUGAUGGUCUUGACCUUGACGACCUCGAGUCGGCAUACGACCAGUCCGAUGAAGAAGGUGGAGAUGACGAGGUUAUCUUCAACGACGAAUCUGACGAGGAGAUGGAGGACAUUGAAGAAGAGGAAGUCCCAGCUAAACCAGCCAAGGGUCGCACUGCCAAGAAAGACGAGCCUGAGGAGGAUGAUGAAGACGCGUGGGACAUGGACGUUUCAGACGAAGAAGCCUUCGUCGACAGCGACGAGGACCUGCCGUCUGAGGUCGAGCUCGGAGGGGUGGAGCUCCCGAAGGAAGACGACAAGGCCGAUCGGAAAAAGAGGCGCAAGCUCAAGCACCUGCCGACUUUCGCGUCGGCAGACGACUACGCGGCGUUGCUUGCUGGGGACGACGACGGGAUGUAG